CUCUCUUGUCCACCAUUUUGAGCCUACAACCUACAGAGUGAGGAGAUUUUGGCUGGUCUUCACUUGCUGACCCACCUUUAAUGGACAGUUUGGCAGUUAAGACUUGGUUUUAGAGUUAGGUAAAGGGUUUGGCAUUUAGUUAUGGUGGUCAGAAUAAGGGGCUAGUGCAUUAUGCUAAUGAGUAUGUGUGUGUGUGUGUGUGUUAUAUUUAGACGACACCAAACACUAUCGACUCUGUGAACUCUAACCGCGCUAUAAUCUAACACGGGCUAUAAUAACAGUGCCGUGUUGAACACCCGUGACCAUGUUGUUCAGAUUCGGGGUCAUUCUUGCUCCGGACAGUGCGGACGUGCAGCUCUUGGUCCUGGGCUCUCGUGAGGAGAUGGGUCGGUGGGACCCGGGCAGAGCGGUGCUCAUGAAGCCCGCACACGGGCUCCUGUCGCCGCAUGAACCGAGCCUGUGGAUCGGCAACGUGCAGCUGGAGGAGCCGGUGAAAGACACGCUGUGGUUCAAGUUCGUGAAGAGAACCAGAGGCUGUUACAUCUGGGAAGGUAGUGGCCCCAGCCAUGACAGGUGCUGUUCAUAUGAUGAGAGGAACGUGGUAGAGGGAGUGUACUGCCACCCGAUUGGCCACUGGAUAGAGGAAACUGGACACACAGACGAGAUGAAACACACAACCAGCUUUUAUUUCGGUGUUGCAGGUCAGGCAGCCAUGCAUUUCUCCAGGGUGCUUCCACGUGUUUGGCUUGGCAGCUGCCCUCGACAGGUGGAGCAUGUGACGAUUAAGAUGAAGCAUGACUUGGGCAUCACUGCGGUGAUGAACUUCCAGACUGAGGGCGACGUGGUGAACAACUCCUACGGCUGCAGACGCAACCCUGGGGAAGCAAUGACUCCGGAGACCAUGAUGCAUUUGUAUAAAGACUGUGGCAUGGUGUACUUGUGGAUGCCCACGCCGGACAUGAGCACGGAGGGUCGUAUCAGGAUGCUUCCCCAGGCGGUAUUCCUGCUUCAUGGUCUCUUGGAGAAUGGCCACACCGUCUAUGUCCACUGUAACGCUGGAGUGGGCCGGUCGACGGCUGCCGUAUGUGGCCUGCUCAUGUACGUCCUCGGCUGGAGCCUGAGGAAGGUGCAGUACUUUGUCGCACUCAGGAGACCGGUCGUCUACAUCGAUGAGGAGGCUUUGGUCCAGGCUCAUGCAGACUUCAUCCAGAAGUUUGGACAACUGAGACCAUCCAUCUCUGACCUCGAGCCAUGAGAGUUUAGAGCACUGAAGUUUUCCAACUUGAAGAAGACUGGAACUAGAACAUUUACCCACAUAUACACAUGUCUACAGUUUGUGAAAACCUUUACUGUUAGCCGUUUUAGUAAUGAUCAAUGAAGAGCGGUGACAUUUUGUAAAGGCGACUUUUAGUUUAAGUGUUAAACAGCAAUGAUGUAGAGGAACACACUGCAAAACAAACCAAAUAUCAAUACACUAAAACAAAACCAGCAUUGUGAAGCAUUAGAUUCCCAGAAAUAUAAACUCUCCCUUUCCACAGUUAUUCUCCACAUUUCGCAAUUCUGUAUCAACCAUCAUUUUUACCUAAUCAGGAAAUUAUUUUGGAGAGAAGUCUUGAUGCUGCCUGAAAAUGGCAGCCCCUGCCAAAGCAACAAAUCAAUUCUUGAAUGACAAUGCCUCUCCAUAUCUGUCAAACAGGUAUUCUGUUCCCAGACAUCGAAGAACACAGCUCCGCCCCGUCUUUCCCGGAGAGCCUGAUCGCAUUUCAUCUUUAUUUAUUUAUCCGACAGAUGCUCUUCCGACCCUUCUCCUAAAUAACAAAGAACAACAGCCUUGCCAGUCCAAUUUAAUGCAUACAUAAUAAAGCAUUAUCGGAAUACUGUUCUUCUGCCUUGACUCAUAAUGAGGAUAUAUUGCUUUUCUUUUUUAUUAUGCAGUGUUUUUGUUACCUGUCCCUGAUUUAAGAAAGUUUGUGGAUUAGAGAGGAGCGAAGAUUCUUCUCCUCAAGCAUGUCUUACAGACCCUCAUUACUUUUCAGUGAGUACCUGCAGAAGACAGCAACUUAAAAGGGUGUCAGUGGGGACGGGUGGGUGGAUUGAGCCAUGCAAAAAAGCAGCGUUGUGGAUUUCCAGAUGCUCUAAAAAUAUGCAUAAAACCUGGAUGUGAAAUGAGUGACAUUCUUUUCCUUUUUGAAGAAGAAGCAGAAUGUGUAGAGGUUUGAAAACAAAUGCGUCUAUACCUUACUAUAUGUGUGUGGCUGCUGGUGUUUGUCGCUGAAUGUAAUUGGAAAACAUGUUGCAUUCAUUCCGCUGGGUUGUUGUCAGUGACUGAUGUUAUAAAGAAUUUGUAGUCCACAUGA